AUGACCGGCAAAACAGCACCUCCAGCCACAGACCCGGCUCCGGAGGCUCCGAAGAAAGGGCCAGCACCAACCCCAAAGGAAGAACCGGCCCCAGCCCCAAAGGAAGAACCGGCCCCAGUCCCAAAGGAAGAACCAGCCCCAGCCCCAGUCCCAAAGGAAGAACCAGCCCCAGCCCCAGCUGCUGAAGACCCCCCGGCCCCAGAGCAACCCCCUGCCACCGAGCACCCAGCAGCCGAACCUGCUCCUGUCCCCACAGCAGAAGAGGCUCCAGCCCCUGAACCUAAGCCUGAGAAACCAAAGGCAGAGGCGCCCAGCUCCCCCUUGUCCUUGGCUGUGGAAGACGUGAGUGAAAACUCGGUUACGCUGACCUGGAGAGCCCCGGAGCAGAUAGGCCGGGCGAGCCUGGAUGGAUACGUCGUGGAGAUCUGCAAAGAUGGAAGUACAGACUGGACAGCUGUGAACAAGGAGCCUUUUCUUUCUACCCGCUACACAAUCCAGGACCUUGGCUCUGGUGACAAGAUCCAUGUGCGGGUGAAGGCUGUCAGCGCCAGCGGUACCGCUCCUGCCGUGCGUAACACCCAUGGGCUUUGUGAGCAGGACAAAGAAAUCACUGAUGAGCCCAAGAUCCGCAUGCCCCGUCACCUGCGGCAGACUUAUGUCAGGCGUGUUGGGGAUGCCGUGAACAUGAUGAUCCCUUUCCAGGGAAAGCCCCAGCCCGAGGUGAUCUGGACCAAGGGUGACCAGCCCUUGGACACCAGCCGCAUCAACAUCCACAACACGAAUAAGGACACUAUCUUCUACAUCCGUGAGGCACAACGCAGUGAUUCGGGCAAGUACGAGCUCGCCGUGCGGAUAAAUGGAGCAGAGGACAAGGCUACCCUGGACAUCCGAGUGAUUGAGCCACCGGGCCCCCCCCAGAACCUGAAGCUGGUGGAUGUGUGGGGCUUUAAUGUGGCCCUGGAGUGGACCCCCCCAUUGGACAACGGGAACUCUGAGAUCAAGGGCUACAUGGUGCAGAAGUCAGACAAGAAGAGUGGGAAAUGGUUCACGGCGCUGGAGCGCUGCACCCGCACCAGCUGCACCAUCUCUGACCUCAUCAUUGGCAACACCUACUCUUUCCGGGUGUUCGCGGAAAACGCCUGCGGGCUGAGCGAGAAAGCGGCUGUCACCUCCAGGGUGGCCCACAUUCAGAAGACAAAAACUGCUUACCAGCCAGAGAAGAUGCCCCAGCGGGACAUGAUGGAGCCUCCAAAGUUCACCCAGCCCCUGACAGACCGAACCACCACCCGGGGCUACAGCACACAUCUCUUCUGCUGCGUCCGGGGCUUCCCCCAGCCCAAAAUCAUCUGGAUGAAAAAUCAGAUGGAGAUACGGGAAGACCCCAAAUACAUAGCGAUGAUCGAGCAGGGCGUCUGCUCCCUGGAAAUCCGCAAGCCCAACCCUUUCGAUGGGGGCAUCUACACCUGCAAAGCUGUGAACGCCUUGGGGGAAGCCUCAGUAGACUGCAAACUUGAUGUGAAAGGUAAGAUCGGUUGA